AUGUUGGAUUGGCCUUUUAAGGAUGAAUGUGAAAAGUUCAAGACCAUUAUUGCAAAUUCAGGGUUGGCUGAUGCUGCGGAGAACUCAAUGUUGGAACAUGACCGGGUGGCUAUAUCGGCGUUUGUUGAGAGACUUUAUCCUGAGACCGACACCUUCCAUCUGUCGUUUGAGGAGAUGACGAUUACCCCAGAUGAUGUUGUGCAGAUUGUUAGACUCCCUGUCCAUGACAAAGGUGUUAGGGCUGAGUUCACAAAGCAGUUGGAAUGGACCAAACUUUAUGAUCUAACUAAAAAGUAUUUGGGUUGGGAUGAAGAAACAUCUACAACUGAGUUCAAGAGAUGCAUGAAGUAUAGAACUAGACAGUUCAACAUUAGUACUCUGAUGGAUAUGUUCAAGGGAACCAACGAAAAAGAAGAGAAAGGAACUUUAACCGAUGAGCAAGUCAACCACGCGGCCACCGCAUAUCUCCUAUGUGUAUUGGGAUGUGUCAUUUUCCCCAAUACCAGUGGAAAUCGGGCAUGGAUCUACGACCACUUCCCUAUCUUGAAAUUGGCCAUUGAAAACCCGGCGUGGAAGAAAGGCGAUCCUAGAGGAACAAAGUACGUCUUCGAUGAAAACCAUUAUAGGAUGAAGGAGCAGCAGCUUAUUCGUUUGAGGGAGGUUUUGAAUUCACUGACAGCCCAAGACGUAUGCUUUGAUCCGUACAAGGAAGACCGAGCUGAUGGACAUAUCGCGGGUCGAUCCGAUUUGUGCCCUUAUUUUGGACCGUUGUGGCAGCCCACGGGAUAUGUGAUGUACAAUUCCUCAAGGGUGAUGCGACAACACGGUUUUGUACAAGGUAUACCAAAAGGAGGAAAUCCAUGGAAAUUUCUCUUUGAUCCUGGAGGAGUGCACGUCUGA